AUCAUAACAAAUAUUAUUAAUCCUCUCACCCUUAUAAUCCCCAUUCUCCUGGCCGUAGCUUUUCUUACUCUUAUUGAACGAAAACUACUAGGAUACAUACAAUUACGAAAAGGGCCAAAUCUUAUAGGACCCUAUGGCUUACUUCAACCUUUCGCUGAUGGCUUAAAACUCUUUAUUAAAGAGCCCAUCCGUCCUUCAUCUUCUACCCCAAUAAUAUUUAUCCUUACACCCAUCCUUGCUCUUGUCCUAGCCCUUACUAUAUGAACCCCCCUACCUCUUCCAUACCCUAUUAUUGACCUAAACCUAGGCAUUCUUUUUAUCCUCGCCCUAUCUAGCCUAGCCGUUUACUCCAUUCUCGGUUCAGGAUGGGCAUCUAAUUCAAAAUACGCCCUCAUAGGAGCUCUCCGAGCUGUAGCCCAAACUAUCUCUUACGAAGUGAGUUUAGGACUCAUUUUACUAAGCAUCGUUAUCUUUGCCGGAGGCUACACACUACAAACAUUCAAUACAGCUCAAGAAAGUAUUUGAUUAAUUUUACCCGCAUGACCUUUAGCUGCCAUAUGAUUUAUCUCUACUUUAGCUGAAACUAACCGAGCCCCUUUUGAUCUUACAGAAGGAGAAUCCGAAUUAGUAUCUGGCUUCAAUGUAGAAUAUGCUGGAGGUCAAUUUGCUCUAUUUUUCUUAGCAGAAUACUCUAAUAUUCUUAUAAUAAAUACCCUUUCUACUAUCUUAUUUCUAGGGGCCUCCCACAUCCCAACCUUUCCAGAAUUAACAACACUUAGCCUUAUAACUAAAGCAGUACUUCUCUCUCUUAUAUUCUUAUGAGUCCGAGCCUCCUACCCCCGCUUACGUUAUGACCAACUCAUACACCUCCUCUGAAAAAAUUUCUUACCCCUAACCCUAGCCCUGGUUAUUUGACAUCUAGCCCUCCCUAUUACUCUCACCGGUUUACCCCCACAAAUAUAA